CAAAUUGGAAGCUUAACAAUGAGGUUGAUGAAGCUGUAUUAAAAGAAGCGUUUCCAAAUUUUAACGAUUAUGUACAAUUUGUAAUUGAUUUAAUAAAUUAUUAUAAAGCAAGAAAAACUAUAUUCAUUCGUAUUAAAAGAAUAAUUCCAAAAGAAAAAGAUCACAAACAUUUUGAUGAGAUUCAAGAAUGGAAAGAAAAAGUAUUUCAAGGACCAAAGACUGGUGCAAAAUUUGCUUUUAAUAAGUUAGAGCAUUUUUAUCAAAAAUUGGAAAAGUUCUGUAAAAAAUGUAAUCAUUAUCUAUAUGAUGAACAAGAUUUUAAAUCUGAAUCAGAAACAACAAUACUAUCAUCUAUUACAAUAAUAUCAAAUAAUUCACCUGAACAAUCAAAAGAAAUUUUAGCUCAGAUUCAGCAAAAAGGAAUAUUUGAUCAUGUUAUUGAAAAAUAUUCUCAAAUUGAUAAUAAUCAAAAGGAGGUACUUUUCAAAUAUGAGAAUAAAUAUCAUGAAUUUUUAUUGGUGGUUUCAAUAUCAAAAGACAAACAAGUUCUUAUUAGUUAUAGAAAUAAUCUUUCAAAAGAUUAUUUCAAUUAUUAUCAUGUUCCAACUGGGCAUAAAGAGCAAAGUGAGAAUUUUGAGAAGUAUGCUAUACGUGAGGCAAAAGAAGAAACUGAUUUA